GUGGAAUUUUAUUCCUUCGCGAAAGUUUUUUUUUACUGUGCUCGGAAUUAUUGCACUCUCAAAAGGAACUUACCAUUGGUUAGGAGAGACGUUAACCGAAAUCGGAAGCAACAAGCUCUUAAAUUGUUGGUCAAUGCUCCAUAUUUUGCUUCUCUGGUCAGGUUUUCCUAGGAAAUCGAAACCGAUAAUGCUUCUAUUUACAGCUGUUGUUAUUUUAGGUGAGUACGAUCUGUUACGAUUUUCCCCUAUCAGGGAAUUUUAAAAAAGCGAAGGUGCAGUAGGCAUUGGAAGAGUUAAUUUAAUGCUCAGGUUUAACAUUUAAGCAAUGGAUUGACAUUAACUUGCUUGGGUUUGACAUAUAAGCAAUCUAAAGCCACUUCCGCCUCAGCUUAGUCCCAUUUCGAAGAAAGUUUAAGAGGCCCUGCGCCUAAGAAACGACCGAUGAUUUCUAGCUAAAAAUUAAAAUCGGCCGAUUUUUAUCUUCCAAGUAGAGGUUACCUAAUACUAUUUAAAAAUUAAUUUCUUUUGCUUCAGUUUCGCUUUAAACCAAAAAUAUCGAGCCACGAACUUGUUACGUCUGAUUGUAGUAAAAUCUGUCCCAAAAUAUGCCCUUUCAAAAACCGGUUCAAAAAUCACUAUCGCAACACAGAAUAAUGAGAAAACUACAAAUUUAUGAAGAAAAAGGCCUUUUAAUGCAAAAUCAUUCGAUAAAAAUCGAAAAACUGCAGAAGCGAAUGAAAAAUAAAUGUUCAAAUAUUACAUAUCAAAUUAGAUGGAGCGUUGAGAUGAUUUUAAAAUAAUUAUUUCUGCAAAAUCCAACGCUAUUGAAAGCAAUCACAGUGAUGAAUCAGACAUGAGAAGGAUAUACAUUACAUUUCUGUAAAAACAGUUUUCGGCCAAAGUUUAUCGACCUUGUACGAAGCGUUCAAAGUUGCAGUGUUUACCGUUAUGUUGCUACUUCGGCGAAACACGUCUCUGUUGCCAAUACGUCCAUGGAUAGCGUGGUAAAUGUCACUUUAAACCUUGCCAGGCGCUCAAAUACCAUCCUAAAUAGAGUGAUAUGGGAUUAAAUGAGAAAGAAAGAUAAAAAAUAGGUAGAAAAAGAAAAUAAUUUACAUUUACCAUCUGCUGAGGUGAGUUGAAUCUUGGAAAUGUUAUCGCGUGACAGCACUCAUUUCUCGAAACUACGGCGGAAUCCAAGCAACUGCGUAGAAUAUAAGUAAAAAAACAACUCCUCCGCCGCCAGAAAUCCUGAAGUGAAACAGUUUUAUAUUAUUGCUAUGAAUGAUAAUGAAUUCAGGUUAAAAUUUGCCUCAGAUAUAUAGUGUCCAUUUAGUAAUUUGGCGGAUUCCGCGGAUUCCGAUUACGCCUCUUAAUUAGUGUCAUCGAAAUCAGACGCGGUUACCUUGGUAUUUGUGCAUAAGCUAUAGGAGCUCAUAGGAUCAAAUCGGACUGAAUUUGUAGUCAAACAGAAGGAUGGUUAAGCUGCGCGUAAACCAAAGAAACUAAGGAUUCAUGGUUAGUGUUGAUUGCCGCCUAUUUAAUGCUAGCAGGUAUUUUUGAUACCCAUUUCGUACUAUCCAAAAGCUAAAGAGGCUCGCUAACAUUACUGGCACUGUCGUUUCAGAAUUGAAUGAGUGUAUUCUAAUUUAUCAUUCUCCUGCCAAAAUCUAUCCAUUAUAGGCUGUCUUUACCCAUGCGAUGCUGGAUUACCAGAUGUGGGAAACUGUACUUUCAUGGAUUACUACUGCAGCUUACGAAACUACGAAUCAACAUUCUUCAAGGCGUUGAAGGAAGGGACUUCUUCAGAUUGUGGGUAAGCAUUAAGCAUUAUUGGAAAAGAUCUAAAACAUUAGAAAAGUGUGAAAAAGAACUCCUACGAAUUACGUUCCAAUUAUAUUUUAAAUAAGUCCUCAGAGGUAGAUUAAAGGGUUGUCCAUAAAAAGCCAGACUCCUACAGCCCUGCAAAAAGAGCCCCUGGUUGCAAUUUAUCAGUGUUUUGUUGGCUUGAUAGUUUGAGCAUUUGGAAUCUAAUGCCGAUAUUACAUGAUCGUGUACGAUACUCUGGAUCGAAUCAUGCGCUAAGGCCUGAAAAGGCGUUGGAUUGACCGUCACCUACUAUAAAUGAUUCACUCUUCAUAAAAAAAGGGUGGGUAGGGAAUCGGGAUUAUUGAACCUCCACGAACCUCCUUCAUCGAUAGCUGGCCAUUUUCAAACUCUAGAUGCUCAGCAUUUCACAAUAUAAUUUUGAUUAUCCGCAAGAUUUUAAUAAAUUAUCCAGCUCACUCUCAUUUGUUUUCCUAUUUUAUGGUAAAGACUCCAAUUCUGGAUGUUAUACUAUCGCUCCUUGAAGAAAUCAAAGGAAUGUUCGAAAACUGAACCAACAUUGAAAGUGGCUAACAUUGAGGAAAUGGAAUCGCUUUACUGCAGCGGGAGAGACUUAGAGAUACCGCUAGUUUCGUCGCUGUCCUUGUGUUCGCCCGAACACAAGAGCAAAGUCGACGAAUGCAUUCGUGACUUCGCGAAAGCGUUUUUCAAGGACCCAAGCGACAAAUCGCUGUGCAGGUAUCUACAUUACCUUUACCAGUUUUAUUCUCUCAGAGCUGCUAAAUGCUAUAUCAACUGGAUUUUCGAAUUAAAAACCGUAGUUGACACAUUUCUAUUUGAUCUUAGUAUUUGUCAGUAGAUGUCCGCACGGAUCACCCCUUGCAGCUAAAACUUAACUUUAAGUUUAUUUCAACGCGUAUACGUUUACAGUAUGUGAACCACUAUAAUAACAUAGUGAUCUUCAUCUGGUGUCAAAAUAUACUCACAUUUUUUUCCUUGAACACUGUAUCUGUGUCCCUGGGCUCAUUGUUUUACUUGAGUUUCGUCCUUGGGAAACCAUACAACGUCCGCCUGUAUUUUCGCGAUAAAUGGAAGGCGAGGUUUAAACAUCAUGAGUUCAUGAUCAUGUACUGAAUUCCUACGAUGAAGCUCUAAUUAUUUACACGACCGUCUGAUGUUUUCACUGAUCAUGUUUCCAUGGCAAAAAUUGUCCCUUUUUCCAAAAGAAUUUGAGUUUUGCUCUAUCUUUCGUGAUAACAUCCCAUGUACUUAAUAAUGAAUAGUUUCUGUAUGAUUUUAUUGUGACAGUAAACGUGGAGAAGCCAGGAUGUGUGUGACUAUGACAUGGGAUACCGUUUGCGAUAAUGUCACCACAAUGUCCACGGGGAUCUUAAAAAAUGUCACCGCUAACUUUAACCCGUUUUGUGAUGGAGGGAAAGAUCCAUGGGCUUUAGAAGAAGAUCUGUGCAAGCCAUAUCAUGAAGAGAUCACUCAGCCUACUCAGCCAGUUUGUAAGAUGAGUGGGGCAGGACGCCGCGAGUAUUCCAUAACUGCUCUUUGGCGGAGUCUUUGGCUUUGUACUCUUGCACUGUAUGUAUGGGAGUAACUAAGCCUGGCGCAUGUGGACUAUUAAACACACCGUGCACAUUAAUUUAUUUAUCCCCAAACUUGACGGUAGAAAUAUGGCCCACUUUUAGCGCUGCAGAACGCCCUUUUCUUCGCCCGCGAGAAAGUUUGAGGAGAGCUGGCGAGAGGUCUGUUUUGUGUCUGGGAGAAUCUGGCUCUGUCUAGCACUCACUAUUUUUGCCAGAACUCUCGCAGUUCUCUCGUUGGCCGCUCUCUUCCCGUGUGAACUAAAAAUUUCUUGCGGGAAAAGAAACGCUCUUGCCGAGGCGCCAAUAAUCAAUGCCUGUUUGCUGGCUAUUUUGAAUUCGAUCCGGCUAUAAGCACACUGUGUGAAUGACAUCCGAAUACUUAAAAUCAAGAUUUUCUCUUGUUAAAAACAUAGCUAAAUUAAGUAAAGCGCUUUUUGAUUGACUCUCUUAAAACUCAAAAGCACAGUAAUCACAACAGAUAUCAAACACAAUAAAUAUCAAGGGGCGAGUACCAACUCAUAACAGAAACAAAUAAGAGCCCAAGGGCGGAAAAAAAACAGUGUCGAAGUUUAAGUUUGUCACAGUUUUGAACAAUCCGUUUAGAAACACAUCAGUA